CAGUCAGUCAAUGUUUAACCUAGAUGGCUGUGGGGAAAGGAGUUGCUAUCCCACCCGCUGAAGGAGGCUUUUAUUGUCUGUGUGUGGUGCACAGCGUCUCAGUCUGAGCAGGACUACACACACACACCCUCAGGACUCCAUGAGGUCCACCACAGGCUGCCAGGAUGCAAUGGAAUUUCCACGUUUCACCUUCAAUCCAAAGAAAGGGAUAGAUAAUCCAGCUCUGGUCAUCACUGAUGAUCCUGAGCCUGAUCAGAGCCCCAUGCCCAGACUGUGCCAUCUGAAGCGUCUGGAGGGGCAGAAUUUUGGUUUCUACCUGCGCAUGGACCAAGGCUUUGAGAUCAGAGAUAUUGAGCCGUGGAGUCCUGCAGAGCACAGCGGCCUCAAAGACGGAGACAGAGUGCUGGAGGUCAACGAAGAAUAUGUGGACAACAUGGAUUUCUACAGAGUGGUGAGGAAGAUCCAGUCAUGCGGCUUACAAUUGUUCCUCCUGGUGUUGAGGAGGGAAGAGUACGAACAGUCCCUAUCUCUUGGCGUGGACCUGCAGAUGCUGGCCAAGGCCUCCAAAGGGGACCGCUGGUCGAGACCCAGACUGUGUCACAUCAACAGACACCCGGUACAUGGCCUGGGGAUAACCAUUGUCUCAGUGGAAGGUCAGAAGGGCCAGUAUACUGUGAGCACAAUGACUGAUGGUCCAGCAGAGAAAGCUGGUGUAUGCACUGGAGACAAAUUGAUCUGGAUCAAUGGAGCCAUGGUCUCAACGCUCACACACUCCACUCUCAACAGAACUGUGAAGAAGAGUGGUGACUCAGUGACGGUGCUUGUCAUUGACCGUGAGAGUGAGAGUUGCUAUGUCAGAAGGAAGAUGCCCAUCCUCCCUAUGGUGGCCCAAUGCUGUGGCCUACCCCACACUGCCAAAACCAUGCAUCUGGUUAAAGGACGUGAUGGAUACGGCUUUCUGCUGAGACAAGAGAAGUUGGCGGGCAAUCAACGCAUAGUUCAUGUGCUGAGGGAGGUCGAUAUGGGAAGUCCAGCUGAGGUGUCAGGUAUGGAGGAUGGAGACCUGCUGCUAGCUGUGAAUGGGAAACCUGUUGAGUCUAUGGAGCAUGAGGACAUCGUCAAAAAGAUUAGACAGAGUGGUGAUGAAGUCAUCCUCACCUCUAUAUCUAUACGAGGAAGAGACUUUUACAGAGAGUUAGGUAUCUCUCCUGUGUUGUUCCAUGACAAAAGUACACUCCAGGAUGACAUGCAGCUGACUGUCUCCAACUGCACCAAGAACCAGAGUGAAACCCCUCUGAGAGAUGGAAAUGGAUGUCUGACAUAUCCCGCAAUGUAUUUUCAGGACAUAGAGGAGACAAGUUCUGGUUUCCACUCAAACUGUUCCCCGGAUCAGUCAGGAACUUUAACCACACUGCUGUCAGAGAGAACAUGUGAUGCUUUCUUGUGAUCAAAAUGAACAGACAUCAACAGAAAAGGGAAGACAAAGAGCUCAAGUCAUAGCAGCAAAUGAUUUUACAGCAGACUAAGGUUAGAUACUUGGGGAUUAAGGUAUGUUAUUGCUUGGUCAUUAGAUUUUAUCCAAAUCAGUCAACAAAAUCAUCUCUGUGUACUUGUCUUCUGGGACCAGGUGUUGGCACUGGGUGCUCUGCCAAAUCUACAGUAUGAUAAGGUCACACAAACUUUUUUUUAACCUUGGUUAAACUUGGUUGAAUCAAAAUGUAUAUUUUUUUGUUAAUUAUAAACAAUGGUCAUCAUUUUUUGUGCGGCUUACUGUAUAAUAUGAGCUUUGAAAUAGCUUUAAAGGAGACCUAUUAUGCUUUUCUGUAUUUUCUACAAUGUUACCAUCUCAGAUAUUCAUGUUAAACGUGGCCAAAGCUUUAAAUAGUGAGGUAACACAUUUCAAAUAGUUUCCUUUUAGGCAAAACCUCAGCUUUCCCACUGUUCUGAACAUUUCUUUCUACUCCCGGCUCCAUAUCAUUUCAUACCGAGCUGGGUUUCGAUAUAUGGUCAGUGUUACAUUACAUUACAUACACUGCUAAAUGUAGCCACAUGCUAUAACGCCAGGGAAAUAUCUGAUCUUGGCUGCCGAUGUUAUUUUCUCUGAAGAUUUAGUCACAUUCCUGCUGGAACAUGUACGGUUGUGUUUAUAGUUUAGGCGUAUUUAUUGGUGAUUUGUCACGGGACAAAGUCCUGCUUCUCCCACUGCAGUCAGUGUCCUGCUGGAAUGGACUGUACAGAGGCAGCAACAGCAAAGCACUUGUCUCGCAUUGCCAGACCUUCCACAGAGCUGGUUUAUUGGUAUUUCUUUAAACCAAUCACAAUCGUCAUGGGCGGCAAUAAGCUCCACACGGAGCUGCUGCAAAAAAGCCUCAGGAGGGACAUUGUUUUGGUGGAACAUGUACAUUCAAAAGUUGUUAUAGUCAUGAAAGAGAUAACUAAGAUUGGACAGAUAGUCUAGCUAGGCUGUCUGGAUUUAGCCUGCAGAGAUCUGAGGAGCAGUUAACCAUAGUCCUCAGAAAUCCACUGGAAUUUAGAUUGCCAACACAAAGAAAGCAGAAGGAAACGGACAUUGGCAAAUAGACAUGCAUAUGGCGGAAUUUCCUGUGGCACUAGAAUGUAAAUGUGCUGUAUUUAUAUAGCGCUUUUCCAGUCUUAACAACUGCUCAAAGCGCUUUUACAUCUACAGGAAACAUUCACCAUUCACACACAUUCAUACAAUGUGGCCGGGGCUGCCGUACAAGGUGCCACCUGCUCAUCAGAUAAACAUUCAUACACAUUCACGCUCCGAUGCGCAGCACCGGGGGCAACUCGGGGUUCAGUGUCUUGCCCAAGGACACUUCGACAAUGACUGCAGGGCAGGGGAUCAAACCACCAACCUUCCGAUUGGCAGGCAACUGCUCUACCACAGAGCCACAGCCGCCCCUAGAACAAUCCCAUAAGUGGAAUGUCGUUGAUAUAGACUAGCAGAGCACAGAUUCAGAGACUCCGGAGAUGCGGAAACCCUGACAAAUUAGGGCAGACUGGGCUUUUUAAAGAGACAGGCACUCAAACAGUGUGUCUCAGAGAGAGGGGGAAGACAGGUAUGGCAGCCAUAGGCAGUAUGAAAAAAAAUAAAGUGUUUUUGAAAAUUAAAGCACGUAAACACGUUUCAUUAGAAACACAAAAUACAAGUACCUUAAAACAGUAUAUAUGUGUCCUUUAAAAUGUUUAGCACCAUCUACAAAUGUACAUUUUUAAAUACUUGUUAAUUAUGCUCUCUAUGUUAAAUGAUUCACUGUGUCUGGAUGUAUUCAUUCAUAUUAAAGGUUUUCGU